AUUUCAUUCGUGGUCAACGGCCACACUAAGCCCAAAGAAAAACAAUAAUAGUGAAUUCAGUAACAAUAAAUAACAGAAAAAAAGAAUUCCAAAUGCACGAUUUUUUGCCGUCAAUGGAUGGGGUCUUCCUUGGACUACCGGGUCACUACUCGGUAGCUCUGAUCACGCUUGUCCUGUGCGUUUUGAUUGCUUUCUACUUCGCCAACAUCUUCAAGGACAAGGGAGAACUGGAGGACGAAGGUUUGGGGGCCGACGAGCCGCGCGAUGAGGAGGAUUUCGAGUCGAAUACUCCACAAGGAGAGGAAACUGACGACGACGAGGCCUACGAAGAGAACUCCACCGACAGCGAAGUGGAGCUUAUCGAGGAACAGAUGCCCGGGCACAAUUACAACCACCUGAUGGGCCAGCUCAAAGCCAAAAGGUUCCAGCACAAGAUGGAGAAGACUUUGACUCCCAGCCAAAUCGAGGAGGAAUGCCGAAUAGAGCGGGAGCAGCUGGCGGCCAUCUUUGAGCUCCUGCGCAAACAGGAGGCGGAAUUAAACCUCCAGGACCGCAUAAGCGACCAGGAUCUCAAGCAGCAGGUGCGGCUCUAUCGCUAA